AUGACGACGCGUCGCGAGCGACCGCGCCGCGCGUCGACCCUCCUCCUCCUCGUCGUCGUCGCGUGCCUCGCGCGCGCGCCGCGAGGCGUCGACGCGGAGACGGGGAUUCCGCGCGUGCGGCUCGCGCCCUCCUCCGGAUCCUCCUCCUCCUCCUCCUCCUCCUCCGCCUCGUGCCGCGUCGCGGUCGAGAACGGGCGCGAGGUCGCGGACAGCGCCGGCGCGACGUGCGCGCCGACCGCGCUCGCGCCCGACACCGGCUGCUGCGCGGCCGCGAUCGCGCGCGCGAGCGACGAGACGUGCGCGGACGCGUGCAGCGCGAAGCGAUGCUGCGACUCGUACGCGCGAUGCGUCGUGUGCUGCGACCUUCGCGCCGCGAAGAGGGCGUCGAGCGCGCUUCAGACGUCGAGCGGCGGCGGCGACGGCGGCGAAUCGCGCGAGGAUGAGGACGACGAGGAGGUCGCGCCGGUGUCCCCGAUGCAUCCGACGAUGUGGCGGAAGUGGCUCCUGACGCACGACGUCCGCGCGGAGACCGAAGACCGCGCGGAUGGGGGCGAGAUCCGAGGCGAGACAUUCUCCGACGGCGGCGGCGAGCGCGACGCGCACGUCGUGUCCUCGUUCGAGUACUGCGCACACCGGUGUCGCACGAACAGCGCGGUGACGAAGUACGAGAACGAGUUCCAGGACGCGAAGCAUCACUGUUUCGGGAGCGUCUACGCGGAGAGCGUCGGCGCGGACGACACGCUGUCGCCGGGACGCGAGAAGCUUCACGAUCAAAACGGAGACUUUCGCAUCGUGAACGGCGAGGAGCGGACGCUGAAGGACUAG